UCCUCCCCGAAGCCCCAGACGUGUUUGCACGCUGGAAACGGUCGUUAGAAACGCUGGAAGGAAGGGAGUGCCGAACGGGAACGGUGGCAAGAAGGGCUUUUUCUCUCUCGCUCUCUCACUCUUUAAAUGUUAUGCAACAUAACCCAUCACAGAAGUGCAUUUUGAUGCAAGUUCAGAGACAAAGGAGCACCAACCUCGAUCGCUGUGGGGCUCAGAGCUGAAAUAAGAGGCUUUAGGAGACUCGUGGCCAGCUCACACUCAGAGUUUCGGUCGUUUUCUUGCAGAUCUGCCCAGGAAACAAACCACUUUUGGAUUCAUACACUGCGGGAGUUUUUUUGUUGUUGUUUUUAACUGUAACUUUCCGUUACGUUUUGACUGAUGAUCUCAUAUCUCUAUCGCUGCUGGAUCUAAGCCUUUAACGGUUUCUUACCAAAUAUAGCUGGAGCGUCCUUGGGGAGCGCAGAGUUCCAGGAUUGGAUAUUUUUUGCAGUGCAGCCAGAGUUUAUAAUUAAACACCAAUAGUAAUAAUAUCCUCCUGAAACCGAAAGGAUUUUUAAACCUGUGUUUUAUCUGAAUUUCAAAUUUUACACUUGAAUGUCUUAUUAUUUUUAAAAGCGUGCGCCUUACUGCCUGUCCUUCUGCCUGUUGGUGCUACAUGUUGAUUUAAAACUCGGUGUGCAGUCAGCGAAUGCUCCCAACAGAAGCCAUUUUUAAGUCUGUGAUUUUCUGUCUGAGUCACUGAACACGAGCUGCUCAACCUGCUCUGAGCUGCAGCGUGAACCUGUGCGCGUUCACUUGGCACAUUUUCCACACAUUGUUCUCAAACCUCCUUUCAGUGACUCCGUGCGUCUGGGCUGAGAGCGCAGUGGAUGUGCCAUGGCUCGGGUUUUUCUUACUAUCUGUGUGUUGGCUCUCGGCUUGACGGUGGCCUGGGCUGGAGCCGAAGCUCGGGCUGAGCAGGCCAAGGCGGACAGCCCAUCGGUGGUUACCCUGCGUACCGUUUUCACGGGAACCUGCCAGGAGAUCCACCGGUACGCGGAGUCGUUAGUGGGCACCAGCGUGAUACGAUCAGCUGCUGAGAGUGCAGUGUUGUUUCUUGAGUCAUUGCUUGGUCAGGAGAACGUCGGUACAUUGGCCAUGUUUUUUGAGAUGGUGAUCCGAUUCCUGGCCGAAGGAGCUGCCAGCGGCCUGAAUGUCAUCGCUGUUUACGUCACAGAGAUCCUCAGAGUCACUGGAUUUGAUGCUACACUGAAACUGCCCCACUUCACUCCAGAGGGUGUGACGGCCGUCGCCCAGUGGGGUCUGGUGGCCCUCAUUGGCUACUGGUUGCUGUCCAUCGUUCUGCGUCUGCUGAUUGGUGCGAUAAAGCAGGUCUUCUGGAUUAUCAAAACUGUCUUGGGACUCUGGUUUUUUGGACUGAUAGUGACUGAUAAGCAAGCGUCCGCAGACACCACGGCAGUUCGACUGGCUGGCUUAGUGCUGGUAUGCGUCUUUUUGACGCUGCUCACUUCGAGCUCUGAAAAGUCUUUUGUUGUGGAGGAUCGACUGAGGCGCCUGGAGGGCCGAGUGAACGCAGUAGAGAGUAAGAAAAAGGAGUAGUGAUGAGAAAAGGCAGACAGGAGUUAAGAUGGACAAAGGUGAUGGCAAUGCAAGUUAAGAAAAAUAGUAACUGAUUUCUGUCAGCCUGUUUGUGUGAGAUAUGGGUAAUAAAGUAAUCUCUGGGAUUUUUAAUCAAAAAUGUUCUUUUCGUCUGCAAUCAAGCCACAUGAAACUUGUUUACUAUGACAAACAAAAUGUAUUGAAAGGCUACACAAGAAAAAAAAUGACUGUGCAUACAGGAAAUAAUUCCAUAAAUGAGAUCAUAACAGUCCUUUUCUGCCCUGUCUGUUGCACCAUUUCAAACACAAUAAAAUAUUUUACAAAAUU